AGCAGGAUGGCUUCUGGGUCUUGGAGAAAAGAAGAAGACGAGUUCGCCCGAUAUAGUCAAAGCGGGUGACCCGGUUUUGCACGAACCGGCUCGGGAAGUGGAGCCUGGGGAAAUCCAGUCGGAGAGGAUUCAGAAGAUCAUUGAUGAUAUGGUUUUGGCAAUGCGGAAGGCUCCUGGGGUCGGUCUAGCAGCUCCUCAGAUUGGAAUUCCAUUGAGGAUAAUAGUUUCGGAAGAUACAAAAGAAUAUAUUAGUUACGCGCCAAAGGAAGAUAUCAAAGCACAAGACAGACGGCCUUUUGAUCUUCUGGUGAUCAUUAACCCAAAACUUAAAAAGAAGAGCAACAGGACAGCUUUCUUUUUCGAAGGGUGUUUGAGUGUGGAUGGAUUCAGAGCAGUUGUAGAGAGAUACCUUGAUGUUGAGGUAGAGGGUUUUGAUCGUUAUGGCCAGCCCAUCAGUAUAGUUGCUUCAGGGUGGCAAGCUCGUAUAUUACAGCAUGAGUGUGAUCAUUUGGAAGGAACCCUUUAUGUUGAUAAGAUGGUUCCAAGAACUUUCAGAUUUGCUGAGAACUUGGAUUUACCUCUAGCAGAGGGGUGUCCCAAGCUUGGACCCCGUUAGUCUUAUGGUCUUGGAGGUGGACACGUGCAAUUUGUUGGGAAUUGAAUAUUGCUUUUUGGUGCAGUAAUGUGGUUUCAAGUUUAUUAAAAGAGAUGCAGAGGAAAGUGUUAUCUUCAAUGAGAUUUGACAAUGGCGUCUUCCUACUACUCUUGACUGUCACCUAGAAUACAGUUUGAUGAUGAGGAUAUAUUCAGCUCUUUUUUUAGAAGUUUUGUAAUGUUGUAUUGUAGCUGGCUAUUAUAUCAAUAAAAUACAGAACUCAUUUGAGGCUCUUUUCCAA